AGAGUCUCCGAUAUAAUAAAUACAGUGUACUUACUUUUUAAAAGAGAAGAAGAGCACAGAGAAAUGGCAACAUCAUCUCUACACAGACUCUCCUCUCAAAUCAACCGCAUUCCUUCUCUCUCUCCCUUCACCAAAUCCAUCCUCACCCGCUCCUCCGCCACCACCACCGCCGCCGCCAAAGUCGCCGAUAGAAUCGUGAAGCUCUCUGCGAUCGAUCCGGACGGCCAGAAGCGAGAGAUCGUGGGUCUUUCAGGUCAUACUCUCCUCAAAGCCCUAACAAAUAACGGCCUAAUUGACCCAGCCUCGCAUCGCCUGGAGGAGAUCGAGGCUUGCUCCGCUGAGUGCGAGGUCAACAUCGCCCAGGAGUGGCUCGAGAAGCUGCCCCCGAGAUCUUAUGACGAGGAAUAUGUGUUGAAGAGGAAUUCGAGAGCUAGGGUUUUGAACAAGCAUUCAAGGUUGGGUUGCCAGGUUGUGCUUACCAAGGAUCUCCAAGGUAUGGUUGUUGCUGUCCCUGAGCCUAAGCCUUGGGAUAUUCCAUAAUUAGAAUAAUGCUGAUUUAGCGGGGCUUCACGGCUUGUUUGUUUGGGAUUAAAUGAUGAAUAAUGCUGAUUUAGUGGGGCCUGACAGCUUGUUUGGGAUUAAAUGAUGAAUAAUGUGCACAAUUGAAAUGAAUUCUUGUUUUGAUUCAGUUGGAUAUUUGGGAUAUUUCCCUUCAAUUGGGCGUCCUUUGAAUUUA